CUUUCGGCUUUGCUAAACAUCAUAAACACUUGGCUGAGCUUCCAAAAUCUCAGCAAGACACCGUUUAUCGAAGCUUACGUUUUAACCUCGCCUAAGCACAGCAUUGAAACAGAGUCAACCAAUGCACGAAAACCCUCAGCACCCAUCCGACAAAUCUCUAUCCAACAUCUUUGAUCCCGUCCGCUCGCGGUCCCCUGCCAUCCCCUCUGAACCGGCACCGGCGUACUCUGCCCUGCCCAAUUGUGAUACCGAUUUUUUUCUUGCACCAGUUCUGGGAGGCAAAGUGGGUGAUAUCGAGCUUGUGACCGUGGAUGACAAGAGAUUCUUGGUACAUAGAAAAUUACUGGAGCAGGAGACUGUCUUCUUUCACAUCUACUAUGGGUUUGUCCCAAUAUGGCGGUUGAACAAUGUCGGAUCGACGCAAUCGACUCAGCCUCGUGUAGUACCAAUCGAGUUGCCAUCGAACUCUCAUCGUCCGGCUCAGUCUCGAGAGCGCGACGCAACGCCGCUUAGCAAUAUCCUUUGUCUCCCGAAACUUCUUGCAGCUCACUUGUCCCGAUCUCCAGGAGCAGCUUCCUUGUUAACUUCACACCAGCGACAGAAUGGGGAUAGUCCAUGCGAUGAUCUAUCUGCUCCCUUGAUUACCAACGAACGUAUCCCAGACUCACCUCCUCCAGCAUUCCAAGACCUUCCGCCUCUUCCCCCUCCAAAAGACGUUACGGCGCCUACACCUACCUCAUCCCCAUACACAUGGGCUGUACCAGAAUCUUCCACCGUGCUCACCGCCUUCCUUUCUUUGAUUUACCCUUCGGGGAUCAUCUCUGCCUCCCCCACGAGCCUGCUGACAUCGCUCGAGCUGACUGGUCGAGUUGUUCGUGCUGCAUUGGGGUACCAAAGUGCAAAAGCGCUCAGCACUGCAAGAGACCAUAUGGUACACUGGGUAGAUGAGAGUCCUGUGCAGGUUUAUUCAAUGGCCAGCUUCUUUAAAUUUGGAGAUUUGGCGAGGUUGGCUAGUAUCAAAGCGGUCAGUGUGCCACCGUCACAAUGGCCAGAAGAUGCCAGGGUGUUGAUGGGCCGCACUUCGGCUAGCAAGUUGGUCGCGCUUCAUAGCACAAGGUUAUCAAGGCUGAAGCAGAUCUUAAAUGGACCCAUGGAGGAGGACGAGCAUGCGCAUACGUGCGUGAGAUUCCCUAUGGCCAGGGACGUGUGGAGGAGGAUGGCGGGAGAGAUAAGCAGGAAGGUGUGCGCCGACAGUGACCUCAUUGAGUUGUUGGACGUUGACCUGCGAGGGGGUCAUUGUGGAGAAUGCCUUGUACUGCUUGGGCGGAGUGUGCAGAGGUGUUUGUACGAGGCGAGAGAAUUGCCCAGCAUGAUCUGAUAGAGUAUGAUGUUUGUAUUUAUUACGUAAUAUUCAUGAUCGCGUUUU